UACGUAACCAGCAUCUGUAGAACCUUAUCACUCACCCACCUUCUUAUUUAAACAUUACCCCCACUACUACUCCUGCCGUAGGUGUAAUUCAUACUUCUUCUACAAAGAGAUCUUUCACCGUCGAUUCCGCCAGUCCCUUAUUCAUUCCGGAUCUGAUAGAAAUUGCUCCUUCAAUUUGCAGCAUGUCGGCUACUACGCAUCCUUACAUUACACCUGGAGAUCAUAAAGCGUUCAUGGAGUACGCCGUGGUUCAGGCUCGACUUUCGCCACCAGGACCGGACAAGUUUUGUGUGGGCGCCGUACUUGUCGACGCUCUAAAGGAGAAGCUGGAGACCGUUUAUGUGGGUAUCCGAGAGCCGAACACGUUCGUUGUCGACAAUGAUGGCAAGAAGCGUUUAGAGGCUGUGGGCAUCGGAUUUGAGAUGGUUGAGGGGGCCCAUGACCUUUGCUACGAGGCGGCUAUGAAUGGUCAUGCUAACCCCGCUACACACUGCACACUAAUCGUUCUGUCCUUCCAUUCGAUGGAUCCUUUCACUGCGCUCACCCUGGCAACUUCAAUCGUCCAAUUUGUGGACUUUGCGACUAAAAUAGUCCAUGGAACUCGUCAGAUCUAUCAGACUGGUGAGGGCGUAGCAGAAGAAAAUGCAGACAUAGAGUUAUGCGCUUCUGAGCUACACAACCUUUGCACUUGCCUGGAUGUCUUGAAAUUGCCAUCUCCGAGAAGCGCAGACGACGAUACACUUUGUCGCAUAGCAGAUCGCUGUAUAUCCGUCUCGAUCGAGCUUUCGUCUCUCUUGGAAAAGGUCAAAGCAAAAGAUCCGCAUUCAAAAUGGCAAUGUAUGGUUUCUACAGUCAAAACUCAGCUUAAGAAGAGCGAAAGGGACGAGAUUCUCGCCAGGUUGUCUCAAUUCAUGGCAGAACUCGACAGCCAGCUUUCCCGCCUGACCCACCAAUAUGCCGAAAUACAACUGCGCCAAAUAUUCACUCUCCCAGAGAGAACUCAGGUGCUCAUCACUGACCGUCGAAUCAUCAAUUUGCUGCUAUUCGAGGACAUGAACGAGCGGUUCGUCGAUAUCUCCAAAGCCCAUGGAGGAAAUUUUGCUUGCGCUCUAAAUGAUCGGAGCAUUCACGAUUUUGAGAGUGAGAUGAACCUAGAAAGACACUCACGAGAUGUGCUAACUUCAACGCUAGACAAAUCGUCCGCACAAGCUCAUGAUUCAGUCGAGGUGCUCGUGAAACCGUUGUUGCCCAUGAAAGAGCAUGAUUCGGAUCUAAAUUGCGAUGAGAAAACCGUGGAUAAAAGUAGUAAUCUUCCCUACUGGUUAGAAAGAGGUGCCGGCAUUUUCCACCUUACUGGACCUGGUUCCGGAAAGUCUUCUCUGAUGAAAUACUGUGGGACCAUCCCAAGACUGCAUCAUACUGUGGGCACGAGGAAGCAAGAAACUACAGGUGGACUCUGCCGGCCUCUUCUUCACGAUAUCCUUGAAGAAUGUGCCGAGUUGAUCCCAUUGGCUUUGCCAGAGUUAUGGAAACAAACAGCAUCUACGCCGUGGCAGGUUGAGCUCAAGUACCAACUACGAAAGGAACAAGUCUGCCGAGCCCUUACUAAACUUCUUUGCGAUCCCACCAAUAGCCACACUCAUCAUUUCGUCAUCUUCAUCGACGGUCUUGACGAACUGGAAGAAGAAAACUCUGACUAUGAAGACCUCAUUGCGCUGGUUUUUCAGUGGAUACAAUCAAAAACCAAGCAUGUCAAGCUGUUUGUCUCAAGUAGACCACUUCAAGAGUUUGUAGACGCAUUUUCUGAGGACCAGAGGCUUUGCCUAGAUCAACACAUUCGUAGAGAUCAUAACUUGUUUCUUCUUGAUCGGCUUCAGGCUUUCAUCUCGGCAGAAGACCCGCCGCUUCCUAAUCAGUCACAGCGGGAUGUCGAAGGCUCCAGAGCAGAACUAUCAAAAUUCACAGAUCGUAUUACUCAGAUGUGCUCUGGCGAUUUCCGAAAGCUAUUGUGGGUAUGGAAAAGAAUGAGGCAGCUGAUGCACGCCGGAUCAGACCCCAUCUCAGUCACAGGGAGACUUCCGUCGCUAUCAUCGUCUGACAUAGGUGUCUUAGUGAGGAACUUGGACACACUGGAGUCUGCUUUCAGUCGGGUCAAUUUGGAUGACUGGUCUGAACAUACGCCUGGGUUCUCGGGUAAACGGUCACUCAUUAGUUCAGGCAGGGUUAUAGAUCGCGAUGCAUUUCCAACUGGAGCCGCCUACCAGUUGCUUACCGAUACGGAAACCAUGCGUGAGAUAGAGACGCAUCUUGAAAUAUAUGGCGCCUUGGAGGACGAUCUUUUCGCCGCAAAGGAUGCACGAACGAAAGGGACCUGCGAGUGGUUGCUCUGGGUUACAGGAAAGCCUGCAGCGGGUAAAUCCAUCCUUGCUGGGAAUAUGAUCGAAGAACUCCAGGGUAAUGGCGAGGGAUGCAGUUUCUUCUUCUUCAAGUACGCUGAUCUAUCUCAAUCACAGGUCAGCACGUACCUGAGAUCACUUGCGUCCCAUAUGGCCAGCCAACAAGCAUCGGUUAGAGAGAGCCUAUGGGAGGCUCUCCGGGAAACUGCUGGACCCGUUAGCGACACCAACAACGAGCGUUUGCUUUGGCAUAAGCUGGUCGUAAAUGCCAUCUUCAAAACUAGCCUAGGCAAAUACUUUUGGGUUAUAGAUGGCCUAGACGAGUGUGAAAAUGCCGCCACCGCCUUCAAAACUUUAUUGAGCGACUUGGAUGAUGAGAUCCCGCUCCGCAUUCUGGUGACAAGCUGGGACACGCAGACGCUGCGUACAGCAUUUGCCGAGCUAGGGUCAGAACGUUAUUGUCACGAAUCGAUAUCAACUAUCGACACGCUUCCAGACAUCAGGUGCUUUGUUGGAGCAAAGUCUAAAGCCCUCAUAUCCAUGAAUGACGAAACUAGAGCCGCUUUAGUUGAGAAAAUUGUUUUAAAAUCCGAAGGAUCGUUUCUGUGGACUUCACUUGUGCUUGGGGAAUUAUCCCACUCUUACAGUGAAGAUGAGAUCAAUCAAGUUCUUGACGAAAUCCCGAAAGACAUGGGUCCACUCUACCGUAGGACGUUAGAUAUGAUGUCCCAGUCUGCAGGCGCAAAGCACAUUACUAAGUCGACUAUCAUGUGGACAACCUGCGCAACAAGGCCACUUAAGUUAAAUGAAAUUCAAGAGGCGCUCAAUUACACCGGUCACGACAGAAUAACGAACCUAGAAGCAAUGCUCCAAGCAACUUGCAGUCAACUGCUGAUGGUUGACCGACAUGGGAAUGUCCAACUGGUGCAUGAAACGGCACGCGAGUUUCUUUUGGGCGAGAGCCUUGAUUCCGAGUUCGCGGUUCGCAAAGUAGCGGCGAAUACACAGCUUGCGAAAGCGUGUCUACAGUACUUGUUAAGUGACGAAAUGAAGAGACCUCGCAAGUUUCUGGAUACGAACGUCCUGACCUGGAUCGAAGUAGUUGCUCGUACUCGUAACCUCAGCAACCUUGUUCAGACUUCCAAACACCUGAAAGAAUACUUCGCGCUCUGUACUGCCCCUAUGGAUCUUAAUUUUCUACAAACGUGGUCCACUGAUCUCAUACGUAUCUCCGCUCGGUUUGCGGACGCACUGGUCGCAUGCCCACCAGCAAUAUUCGCUCUGAUCCCUCCACUAUGCCCAAAUAACUCGGCCAUUUACAAUAGUGUGCAUCAAGGCCGCGGAUUUAAGAUUUUGGGCUCUUCGAACUCCGAUUGGGGGAACCGACUUACUUGCGUCGACUUCCGGUCUCCGACAAGCUCCCUAUGCCAUGGACACGACUAUUUCGCCGUUGGUUUACGGAACGGCGCAGUAGUACUGUAUCAUGCUGGAACAGGUCAAGAAUACAAGACUUUGCAUCACGGGGAAACAGUGAAUAUCCUCUGUUUUCUAAACAGAUCCGGUUUGAUGGCAUCCUUACCGCAAAGAUGCAUUGCUCUCGCAUAUGAUGAUGCAGUUCUCAUAGCUGCCUGCGAUAAAAACUAUCUCGCUUCGUGGAACGUCAAUGAUGACGGAAGCCGUCAACCAGACAGGCCGUGGCAUGCUGGCGAAGAGUUCGCCGACAGUCAGCUCCGUCGGCCACCGUCCGCUGUUUCCAUCUCAUUGGAGCAUAAUAUGGUGGCAAUAGCUUCGCUGGGGAUGCCUACAGUUCUGUGGUCUCUUGAUGAAGAUGACUACUACGGGACAUGUGGCAAGAAACUUGCCAAUGGCGAACCGAGCAAACGUUUAGUCACAGCUUUGAUUUUCAACCCCAAUUCAGCAUUGGAACUACUUGCAGUAUCAUAUCUCGAUGGCGAGCUUGUUCUAUUAGACUCCUUCAAUGACAAAACGCUCCACACAGUGCGUGCGAAUUGCCCAAAACUUGCCGCAAGCCCCGAUGGUCGUCUCAUCGCUGGAGUGGCAGGAUCAAGUCCUCGAAUCCUUAUGUGA